GUUUGGGUCACAAUUGCGGCCAUUGUUGGCAUUAUAUGAGUGUUUCAACCACAGCGUUAACCAACCCUAGCCGUCAACCCUGUACCAGAACUUUCUUUCGCUUUCCUGAUAUGGACACCGAAGACUCUCUAUUAAGGAGUGACGACGUGGACCCAAGUCUUUGGGAUUCUCCCGAGAAGCCUGGCAGCGAGCAACAAGAACCCCCCAAAAGCACCUCCAAGAAUGCAAAGUCGACACGGCCAACAUAUCAAGAACAGGAAGAACGAGAAGAUGGACUGCGUAGGGAGUUGGAGAGUGUACGACAGGUCAACGAGACCAUUGAAGGGUUGAUCCAGAGUCUGGGGAAAGCAAAGGAAAACAUGCAGACCGUCAACAAUACCGUCGGUGCUGCAUCAACACUUUUAAAUACAUGGACUCGGAUAUUAUCUCAGACAGAACACAACCAGCGCUUGAUUCUGGAUCCGUCAUGGCGCGGCGCAAGUCAAGACAUCGCAGAUAUCGAGGAAGAAGCCCUAGAAAAGCAGCGUGCCGCUGAGCGAAGGGAAGCCGAAGAGCAAGAAAGGAAACAAGCCGCCGCUAAACGCGCCGCCGAGGAAGAGAAGAGGAAAGCUGAUCUGGCCGCAAAACAAGCGAGGCCUACAUCAGGUCGUGGUAGCAGGAUCGGUGUCGGAGGCAGAGUACCCAGCGCGUCCUCUACUUCAUACGUACAGAUGGGAGGCUCAAGCAGCGGUGUCAAGCGCGGAGCAUCGUCUUCAAGAAGAACAACGUCUGGCAUAGGACGAGGAACAUCUGGAAGAGGCUCUCGAGGGCGUGGUUGAAGGUAGAGUCCGGUGACAUAUCACUGAGUGCCCGCAUCUUGACCCUGUAACAUUUGUCUCUCACAGGACAAAUGCAGCAAGCCCGAGCUUUUCUUUGAUAAGGUGAUUGAAUGCAUCCAUCCACCACUGGGCGGUCUUGUUCCAGCCCCCAACAAGCGGAAGCGUGUGUAUGGCAUGGUGAGGUUCAGACUAUGGCGACCGCCCACCGAUAUAUAAAAGUGUCCAGGAUUCUUGCAGCAGGUCCAGCUGAGCGAGCCAGACGGUUGGGAAUUCCUGGAAGCCCAUAUAUGCACCCACCUCAGACACAGUCAGGAACUACCGAGCCGGUGGUUGGCUACGAGUGAUCGUCCCGACUACGACAGAGCCAUUGUGUACCUUAAACAAGAGAUCCAAAACCGCCAACAAUUGAAUCGAAGGAGUUUGUGUUAAAGGUCAUGAGACUCUCUAGCGGCAGGCCAACUCAUCAGCCUGUUCCACAUACGCGUGUAAUACGCCUCGCCGUGUCUGGCAUAUCAUCUCGGAUCAAGGAUGGCCGGCACCAAGGUAUCCAACCUACCAAUACCAAACUCGACCUUUGUACAUACUCGAGUUAUUUUCAAGCAAAGUGCCACGUCUGCCUAGGAUCCGGCAUGACUACCAGCAAAUUCCUCACUAAUGUGGUCCAACAAGCAUGGGGUCUGCAAGUACCAACAAGGGCACAUGGCUUUGAUAGGCAAUGCAUGACAGCAGAGAACGAAAGGUGGUUUCUUGAUACUCGCGAGGUAGUAAUACUGGAACUACCUCCAGCGUCAAUAAGUUCGUAGCUAUCAUCGUGGACCACUAUCUAGACUAUUUUCGUCCUCAUGGUUUUGUCUCGCGGCAACCAAAUCAUCAAGUCAAUACAUAGUAACGCGAUGACAUUGUCAAAACGACAACAGUCACAAAUAAAAAAGCCACCAAUCCUGACAGA